AUGGAAGAAACUGUGGAGUCAAUGAAGGGUGUACAACUGACCAAUGUUAACAAUAGCAAGGCCGUGUUCAGUGAUGCAGCCCGAAUAUUUGGGAGUCUGUUGAGUAGAAAUCGAGUCGUUCUGGCUCUUCUGUACCAGUUUGUGAAACUUCUAUCCUGUGUCAAUCUGAUAGCCCAGUUGAUGUUCCUGACAACAUACUUCAGACAAUACCUGGCAAUCAGGAUGACGAGAACCCACGUUCAGUGCACUCUACCAAUCACCGAAAUCUAUGAGAAGAUGUUUACCUUCCUGGAUGUUUGCCUGGCUGCCAUCACCAUCCUUAACCUUGUCCUGUGGGUAGGCUAUCUAUUUCUGCCGGUCCUAAGAGAAUGCAGGAUAGCUGCCCAUGUCAACGCUGCCAAAGGAUCUCGCCCUGAUGAACACUCUCUAACUCGAUUAAUCAACAAUUUCCUUGGAAUUGAUGGAAUACUUGUCUUGUUUAUGAUCGCCUGGAAUUCCAGCGAGCUGGUUUCUGCGGAGCUCACCCAACAAGUGUACUAA